AUGCACAUUAAAAAAGUCGAUAAACGAUCAGCAAACGCAUCGGUUAUCCUGAUGGCGAUAUAUAGUCCGGGUUCAAAAGCUGCUGACAAGUUGUUCUUUGAUGAGCAGACUCAUGUGGUUGAGGGACUGACUGCGGAUGGAAGAUUUUCUUGCAACAUUUGGUAUGGUCAGGUUCGUGCACGUGAAACUUACGUUAAGCAAGGAACAUUGGAUUUUGUGGCCUCCACAUCGGGUUACAAGAUUACGGAUGUCAUUAUGGGAACACCAAAAGAAUUUUUAGACCAUGCCCUGGUGACGUGUCUGUUGCCCAUGCGUAAAACUAAACCACAAUUUAUAACAAAGCUGUACAUGUACACUUACCACACGACACUCAUUCACAUUAUAUAUGCACGCGUCAUCAUACGGGUUUCGUUGGGUUUAUUAAUCAUUAGAUUUAUUCUAUCAAAAUAUGAUGCAGUUCAUGAAAUGUCGCUCGAUGGAGUGGUUGUUCGGGUGCAUUUGGAAACAUGGCAUUGUUUUUCAUUGUUAGAUGAUUAG